GGUUAUCCUUGUGUUGACCACUGCAAGUCUGCAAGUGAUGACUCUUUGUCAUCGUGUGAAAAUCUGUUUUGGGUGUAGAUUGCUGGCCAAAAUAUUACAUUGAAGUGUAGAUAUUUGCGUGAUUUACUGAGCUGAUACUUUUAGCGAAAGGCAUACGAACGAUUUAGUAGACUUACCAACAUGAGUUUUUUAAGCAAGGUAUUUGGUGGUAAAAAGGAGGAGAAGGCUCCCAGCACUGGCGAAGCAAUACAAAAGCUGAGAGAGACAGAAGAAAUGCUUAUAAAAAAACAGGAAUUUUUAGAAAAGAAAAUCGAACAAGAAAUCGCAAUCGCACGAAAGAAUGGAACGAAGAAUAAGAGAGCGGCUAUACAGGCACUCAAGAGAAAGAAGCGAUAUGAAAAACAGCUGCAGCAGAUUGAUGGAACGUUAUCGACAAUUGAGAUGCAACGAGAAGCUCUUGAAGGAGCAAAUACCAACACUGCAGUACUCCAGACAAUGAAAAGUGCCUCUGAUGCUCUUAAAGCUGCUCAUCAGCAUAUGAAUGUUGAUGAUGUGCAUGACAUGAUGGAUGAUAUUGCAGAACAACAGGAUGUAGCAAGAGAAAUCUCAGAUGCUAUUUCAAAUCCUGUUGCAUUUGGACAGGAUGUCGAUGAGGAUGAACUCGAACGUGAAUUGGAAGAAUUAGAACAGGAAGAACUGGACAAAAAAUUGCUCGACACACUCCCAAGCACAGCAAAGGAAUUGCCCGAAGUGCCGACAGAAGAAGUUGCUACGAAACCUAAAGCCAAGCAACGGGUGGAUGAUGAUGAUGACCUAGAAGAGCUCAAAGCGUGGGCCCUGUAAAGAUGAAAAAUGGAGGGCUUCAUAUAUAGUGCUUCGAUGACUGUGGUUCUUGGAAGUCUUUCCUAGCCUGCUUCUUAAUUCUGCCAAUUAAUUUCUGCCAUAACGGUAGCUAUUGACAACUGUAUGUGAUUGGAUAUGGCGCAUAUUGUGGCAGUGUAUAUAACUCACAGAAUCAGCUCCUAUAUUUUUGAUUGUGAACUAUUAACAUUAAAGCCUUACGUGGUAAUUUUUGCUAAUGUAUUAUAGAUUUUAUUUAAUGAAGAAUGUGAUAUGAUAGCAAUUCGAAAUGUCAUUAAAAAUAAUGCUUUCAGUCUGGGUAGUAAAAUAUCUCACUCAAGUGCCAGCUGGAAACAUGCAAGGUUGCAGCCCAUGUCAGUAUUUGUUGGGAAUCCUGCUUUUGUUGUUAAGAAUUUGUAGCACACCUUGAACCCAUUUUUACAGUAAAUUUUUAGUUAUAAUUCCACAUCACUGAAGAUUUAAUGCCAGUCAGAAAUGUGUUGUUAUAUGAAGAUUUGUCAUUUAUGUACUUUAAUUUUCUUCCUCUAGUUAUCAAAUAAAGAUUUUAUUUUAUAUUUUUCA